AUGGGGCCUGGCAAGGGAGUGCAGCUUAAAGAAGUGGCAGUGGUAGCGGUGGCAGCGCUGGUGGCAACGACUGGUCCAAAUAGCCGUGGCACUGCCAAUGAUGACUUUGUGCAUCUAGGAGGCUGUAGUAAGGAAGAAAUUGCUCAGUUUCUUUCAGAGAUGGAAAUCAUGCCAAAUGGAGUAACACUGCUAGUUGGAAGUCCAGAGGAAGAAUAUGGUGUCUAUGGUGGAGGGCAAGGAGGCUGUGAUGACUACAAUGGAUAUAAUGAUGGAUAUGACUUUGGGUCAGAUAGAGACUCUCAAUUACUAUUUUUUCAGGAAUGUCUGUCUGAUCAUAGAUAUGGAGAUGGUGGGUCCACUUUCCAGAGUAUAACAGGCCAUUGUGUGCACAUGAAAGGAUUACCUUACAGAGCUACUGAAAAUGAUAUUUACAAUUUUAUCUCACCACUCAACCCUGUGCAAGUACACAUUGAAAUUGGACCCGAUAGCAGAGUGACUGGAAAAGCAGAUGUUGAAUUUGCUACACUUGAAGUUGCUGUGGCAGCUAUGUCAAAAGAUAAAACAAAUAUGCAGCAAAGAUAUGUAGAUUGCUUCUCAAAUUCUACAGCAGGAACAAGCAGUGGUCCUUAUGGUUUGUUAAAUUAGUUAAGGUAAGGUGGUCCAGCUAGCUAGCAGCUGGCUGGUGUUUAUGGAGAAGACUUUGGUGAUCAAAGCAUCAUGAGCAGAUAUGACCAAAGAAGGCAAAGAGCAGUGAAUAGUAUCUACUACAGUAGUGGGAGUUGUGUAUCUAUGGGAAUAAAUGGAAUGGGAGGGAAGCGCAACAUGUCCAAUAUGAAUUGGUAG